AUGGCAGUUUUAUUGUUCAUUAUUGCAUCACUUCCAAUGAUACAUGGAAUCAAAAUCAAAGAAUUUCAAUUGUCUCAAGAAAAUCAAAACCUUGUUGAGGCAGUCAAAGUUUUAAGAAAUGACUUGGUAAAAAGUUCUUUAUCGAAAGGAUUUAAAUUAACGCUUGUUCCAGAUCCAGUGCAGAAAGAUAUUCACGAUUUAAUAGCAUUUGAAAUAAUUAAAAACUCAUUUGAGUUCGAAAGCCUUCGAGUUUGUCACAUAACUGCAAUAAUUGCAUUUCCAAAUCGAUACUCAGUUGUUCUAAUUGACAAUAUUAAAGUUUUUAGAGCCAGUAAGCAUCGGAUUGAUUUGACUAAUUUUCAAUAUGCUGGAUUUCAUGUUGUCGUCUUGUUGAAUGGAAAUUUCAAGAAUAUCCAAGAAAUAUUCUCAGUCUUUUGGAAUGAAAACAUUUAUAAUGUCAUGGCACUGAUUAAUCAAAAUGGAACCGUGUUAUUGGAUUUUGAUCCUUAUGGAAAUCCUGAAAAAUGUGGUGAAACAGUUCCAAAAAUCAUCAAUCGAUUUAAAAAUGGAAAGUUUAUCAACAAAAUUGAAGCAGAGAAGAAAUUCAAUAACAUGAAUCGCUGUCCUGUCACAAUCACAACUUUUACGGACACAAUUUCAAUUUUUAGACAGGAAUUUAAAAAUGGGAGCUUCAUUCUUCGAGGAUUUGAAGCACAAAUGAUAAAAACCAUUGCUGCAAUGUUAAAUUUUACAAUUAAUUUGAGAUAUCGUGAUGGAGCACAACAAUGGGGUGCAAUUUAUGACAAUGGCACGUUUACUCGUGGAUUUGGUGAUUUACAUGACAAAACGACUGACAUAUUGCUUGGAAAUCUGUACCUUAAACAGAUUAGAUUAAAGUAUUUUGACACGAGUUCUUCAUAUUUAAAUCAACCUGUGAUUCUAGUGCUGUCGUUGGAACCUAAAUUUAAUAUGUUUGAGAAACUUUUGAGUCUACUCCAAAGUGCUGUGUGGAUAUUCUUGAUAAUUACAAUUUGCAUCGGAAUCUUCGUAAUAUUAAUGAUAAAUCACAAAUUUAAAUUCUUAAAGAACAACAUCUUUGGAACUAGAGUUAAUCAUCCAAUUAUCAAUAUGAUUUCGGCUAUUAUUGGACAGCCACAAACUAUCCUACCUAAGCAAAACUUUGCACGAUUCAUCUUAAUGAUGACUUUGAUUCUAUUCCUUGUCAUUCGAAGCAUUUAUCAAGGAUAUUUAUAUAAAUUUUUACAAUCUGAUGGACGACAUAAAGAGCCACAAACUGUUGAGGAACUUAUUGACAAGAAAUAUGUCUUUGUACUUUAUGAAUCGAAUUUGGAUCUUAUAAGAAGUUUUCAACCAAGAAUUCAAUACAGAAUAAGACCAGCAAGUGGAACUAAAGUCAUAAACUUAGAAACAUUUAUUGGCACAACAGAACGAGUAGCUUACUUCAGUUCUAGAGUUGAGUUAAUCUUCUUCAGCUCAAGACAUGAAGUGUUUCCAUUUAAAAUCUGUAAGGAACAAUUUGCAACCAUCAAUGUUGUGCUGUAUUACAAUAAGAACUUUGUCCUUAAAAAGACAAUUGAUGAAGCAAUCAAUAAAAUUUUAAUUCAUGGAUUUAUGAAGAAUUGGAUGGGAGAAUUCGAUAAACGAGAUAAAUGGAAAUUCAAGGAUAUUAAUCCAAUUGUUAUGACUUUUAACCAUCUUUCUGUGAGCAGCAUAGAAGUAACAAAAUUUGAAUUAUCCAAAGGAAAUAAAAACUUAAUUGAAGCAUUUAAAGCGAUUCGAAGUUUCUUAAUCAAGAAAUCGUCUGCAAAAAGAUUCAAUUUGAUGUCAAUUCAUGAUCCAGACCACAAAGACGUUCACGAAGCUGUAAAAGAUGAAAUAAUUAAGAAUGCAUUUGAUAUGGAAAGUAUUCGGAUGUGUGACAUAGAUUUUUUAAUCCCUGGUUUAACCAGAUACUCGGUGCUGCUUGUUGACAAUAUAGAAGCAUUUCGAGAUGUUGAGGAGCAGAUAGUCAUAGAUAAUUUCCAAAAAGCUAUUUUUCCUAUCGUUAUUCUGCUUAAUGGAAAUUUUACGGAUGUCCAUGAAAUAUUUACUAGCUUCUGGUUUAAAACAAUCUAUAAUAUUAUGGCACUGAUUAAUCUAAAUGGAACCAUGCUGCUAAGCUUCGAGCCUUAUGAAGAUCCAAUGAACUGUGGACACACAACACCAAAAGUCAUCAAUAAGUUUGAAGAUGGAAAAUUCUUAAAGAAACUGACUUUGAUUAAAAAGUUUAACAAUCUUAAUUUAUGUCCAAUAACUGUCACAACAUUUGUCAAUGCUGUUGCUGUUUGGAAACAAAUGCAGCCUGACGGAUUCUUCAAGAUUAAUGGAUAUGAGAUCAACAUGAUUAAUACUAUAGCUGAAAUGUUAAACUUCACAUUGGACUUGAAAUUUCGUGACGGAAUUCAGCAAUGGGGAGUUAUUUAUGAGAAUGGAACCUGCACACGUGGAUUUGCUGACUUAAAAGAAUCAAAAACUGAUGUUGCGAUGGGAAAUCUGUUCCUUAGAGAGUCAAGAAUUAAAUAUUUUGAUAGCAGUGCUCCAUACAUGAAUUAUCCAGUUUUUUUCGUGCUGUCACCGGAAAAAAAAUUCAAUAAAUUUGAGAAGCUGUUAAAUCCAUUUGAAGCUCCAGUUUGGAUAACUUUGUUGAUGACAUUCUUUUUUGGCGUUGGAGUCAUUCUGGUUAUAAGCUUAAAAUUUAAAUUAUUAAGAAGUUUUGUGUACGGAGAUGGAGUUAAUCAUCCAAUAACAAAUUUAUUCCUUGUUUUUAUCGGUUCACCACUGCCAGUUCUGCCUAAAAACAAUUUUGCAAGAUUUAUAUUGAUGAUGAUCUCGAUUCUAUGCUUGAUUAUUCGAAGCUUGUACCAAGGAAGCCUAUACAAGUUCUUACAAUCUGAUGGACGUCACAAAGAACCUCAAACGAUUGCCGAACUUGUUGAGAAGGAAUAUACAUUCAUAAUGAGUGAAUCCAAUAUGGACCUAAUCUAUAAGUAUAGAUCAAAAGUUCAUAUCGCUACAAAACCAGCAGAUGGAUAUAUUGACAUGGAUUUAGACGAAUUUGCAGGAACGACAGAAAGAACAGCAACAUUUGGAUCAAAAGUUGAUUUAAUGCAGUACAGCCUGGAUCAUGACAAUUUUCCGUAUAAAGUUUGUAAGGAAAGCUUCUUUACCAUUAACAUCGUGUUGUUCUACAAUAAGAACUUUUUUUUGAAGGAAUCCAUCGAUGAUGCUAUUCAGAGGAUAUUAACUUACGGAUUUAUGGAGCAUUGGGUAAGAGAAUUUGACAAAACUGAUAAAUGGAAGAAUGAAGUUACGCAACCAAGUGUCUUAACCUACUGCCUGCUCGGUUCAUCUGGAUGUGGCAAAACGACAUUAAUUUCAUGCAUCUUAGGAAUCAAAAAAUUAGAUUCUGGGUCUAUAAAAGUUCUACAAGAAAAAGUUUCUCACAAGCAUCUGCUUAGCUGUGUUAAUUCCAUUGGAUAUAUGCCACAAGAGACUUCACUUCCGACAACAAUGUCAAUUAAAGAAACUUUAUACUUUUUUGCAAAUAUCAGUCAAAUGGAUAUGACAAAAUUUAAGGAACGAUAUGAAAUGUUGAUGAACUUGUUGGAACUAGAAUCUACAGAUGCAUUGAUCGAGGAUUUAUCAGGUGGAGAAAAGAGACGAGUUUCAUUUGCUGUAGCUUUAAUUCAUAAUCCACAAUUGCUAAUUCUUGAUGAACCAACUGUUGGACUUGAUGUUGUAAUUGUGCAAAAAAUUUGGAACUUCCUGCGAGACUCAAUAAAACUGAAUGAAAACUUUACAGUCCUAAUGUCAACUCACUAUCCACACGAAGCAGAAAAGGCAGACAUUUGCGGAUUUAUGAGGAAUGGGAAGCUUUUGAUUGCUGAUUCUCCAGAAAAUAUUUUAAAGAAUUUUAAUGCUCAAAAUCUUGAUGAAGCUGCACUAACAUUGUGUUAUGAAAGGAACUCGGUAGAUUUAGAUGUCAUUAUCCAAAAAGAGGAAGUGGAUGAGUUUUUUAAUGCUGAAUUGUUAGACCAGAAUAAGAACUUUAAGUCAAAACGUAGGAUAUGGGAACCAAGGACUAUUAAGGCGUUGAUGUUGAAGAAAUUCUUUUGGACUAAAAAUUCAAAAAGGUAAGCUAUUUAUGACUUAUUUAGGGAGGGGGGGGGGGGGGGGAGAAAUGGCAGUCAGCAACAAAAGAACAACAGAAAUUCCGAACGUCAUAAGUUAACGACCCAUAUGUACUUUGAGAACCAAAUUGAAGCGUGCAGCUACAUCAUCUUAGCAACUCUACUACCUCCUUUAUAUUUAUUCGUGUUGCUAAUAUUCACCAUAGGUAGGGAUCCACAAGGCUUAAAAAUCGGAAUACUUAAUGAAGAAGAUGUAGAUUGCAAGAUAUUAAUUUCCAGAAACAAUUCCUAUGAUUGCAAAAACGAAGGACUUUCAUGUCUUUUUAUCAACUCAAUUCCAGAUCAUAAACUUCAUAAAGUUUCAUAUGAAAAUCUUGAAAAAAUUAAAAAUGACACUAGAAGUGGACAAAUUGAAGGAUAUAUACACAUCCCUCAAAACUUUUCAAGAGAUUUUCUAAACAUUAAAAAUAUUUUCGACAUUCUGGAACUAAGGAACAGUCACAUAAGUGUGUAUCUAGAUCAAGCUGAAAUUUAUAAACAAGGAUUUGCCAAAGCUACUGUAGCAAGUGCCUAUGAAGAUUUUAUUGACGAAACCAUGCCAAAAUGUAAUCGAAAGCCUGAAAUGUACAAAAGCAACAUAAUUUUUAGAAGCUACAAAGAUGAAAAGUUGAAGAUAGACUUCGAGAGUAAGAGAUCAACAAUUCCAGCUGUGUUAUUGCUCUUCACCGUAGCUAGUGGAAUCAACUUACUGGUCUUUUCGCUGCAUCAGUACAAGCUUGAAAAAGUUUGGGAUCGAAUCCUACUUUGUGGCGUCAACAUUCAUCAGCUGUUGAUCAUUGAAGUCAUCUUAAGCUUAAUCAUAGCUUUAUCACAUGUUGCACAAACUUUAAUGAUCAAAAUAAUAUUCUGGGACUUUAUAUACAUUGAGAACUAUGUGGCGCUAAUUGCAUUAGUAGCACUUAUAAGUUUAGCUGGAAGCAUGAAUGGAUUAUUUGUAGCUACUUUAAUCGACAACUUUUUUGCACUUUCAUCCAUCUGCUUUGGUUUGAUGAUGAUUUAUUGUCUAUCUGGAGGUUCUGUACUGCCUUUUGAAAGAAUGGAUCCAUAUCUGAAAAUAUUCAUGAGGUAUUUACCUACUGGAUUGCCAUCAAUUGCAUUUACUAAUGUUGUAUUUAAAGGACAUGGAUUUAAUGAUUUAAAUGUUAAUUUUAGCAUUUUGUUAUUGAUUUUGUGGAUUGUUGUAUUUUUUGUGAUAAGUUAUGUACAUUUAUUAAGGAAUAAAUAUAAAAAUUCAUAG